ACUAGUGAGCCCUGUCCGCCCGCUCCACCCGUCCCGCUGUCCCUAUCCCACAGCCUCCCACGUCGCCGAGUCUAUCCCACAGUCUCCCACGGUGCUCAGAAGGAUAGACGGGUCGUCCUUCCGGUAGAAGGGUGAGGGAGAGGUGCCUGUGAGAGGUGACGGGGGCGCGCGACGCGUGCUGGAGACUACUGCGGGGCUGGAGGUCGUGUACACAGAGGCAGAAUUGUGUCUGUGACUUAGUGUUGGGUUCCUAUACGAGGUCCACUGCCAGGUCCACCGUCAGGUCCAUCGUCAGGUCCACCGCCUGGUCCACCGCCUGGUCCACUGCCAGGUCCACCGUCAGGUCCACCGCCAGGUCCACCGCCAGGAUGAGGAGUCAAGUCCUCUCAGUUCUGUUCCUUCUCGCUACUUUGGUGCCAUGUCGAGCCAUCUCCAAGAAAGACCCCCACAGGUUCCGGAACGACAUGCCCACCACUGACGACGACGACGACGCUCACGGCUUCCCCAACGGCAUCCUGCCACACUCCCGCUGUCGCCACAACUACCACGACAGGACCGAGGCCGCCAUGAACCGCCAGAUUAACCUCUUUAUGCAUGCUGGCUACGUCUACCACAGCAUGGCACAUUACUUCGGGCGGUGCGAUGUGGCGCUGCCGGGGUUCCAGAAGUUCUUCCAGCAGCUGGCGCAGGAGCAGCGGGGCCACGUGGAGACGUUGAUGAAGUAUCAGAACCUGAGAGGCGGCUUCAUCCUCCUGCAGCAGGUGACGGCGCCCACCACCUCGGAGUGGGGCAGCGGCCUCGACGCUAUGGAACACGCUCUCGAACUCGAGAAGAGUGUGAAUCAGGCGCUGCUGGAACUGCACAUGGUGGCCUUACAACACGAAGAUGUCCACGCUGCCACCCACAUCCAGACAACCUUCCUCAACCCUCAGGUCGAGAAGAUGUUCACCAUCAGCCAAUACAUCACCAAUUUAGAGCGAGUUGGUCCUGGGCUUGGUGAGUAUAUGUUCGACAAGCUUCCUCAGAACUAGUCUCACCAGGACCCACCAGGACCCUCCCUGCUUCACCAGGACCCUCCCUGCUUCACCAGGACCAUCCCUGCUUCACCAGGACCCUCCCUGCUUCACCAGGACCCUCCCUGCUUCACCAGGACCCUCCCUGCUUCACCAGGACCCUCCCUGCUUCACCAGGACCCUCCCUGCUUCACCAGGACCCUCCCUGCUUCACCAGGACCCUCCCUGCUUCACCAGGACCCUCCCUGCUUCACCAGGACCCUCCCUGCUUCACCAGGAUCCUCCCUGCUUCACCAGGACCCUCCCUGCUUCACCAGGACCCUCCCUGCUUCACCAGGACCCUCCCUGCUUCACCAGGACCCUCCCUGCUUCACCAGGACCCUCCCUGCUUCACUAGGACCCUCCCUGCUUCAACAGGACCCUCCCUGCUUCAACAGGACCCUGCCUGCUUCAACAUGAUCCCAACUUCAUUAAAUAAUUUGCAUAGAUAAUUACUGGCAAAAUAUUUAUUAGAAAUUAAUCCUAAAUAAAAUAUAAUACAUUUGGUGACUUCUUCUAAUAGCUCUGAGUAGGACUAUGUUGACAUUACAGGUAAUAAAUAGUCCUGGUUGGGCUAUUUCGCUAUUUCAGUUACUAAAUAGUAGUCGAUUGCUUCUAUGGUGUAAUUAGCUCUUUGAGGGAUAUAUAUAGUGGUGAUUCAGAGCCUUUGGAGGUGUUAAAUCUCUAUUUCAGAUUAUUAAUAACUCUUGAAGGGAAUUCAUCGCCAGUGCAAAGUACUAAUAGCUUACUGAGUGGGAAUAUGUCGCUAUUACAAAGUAUUAAUAGUAUUUUGAAGGGAAAAUAUCGCUAUAACAAAGUAUUAGUGGCUCUUGGAGAGGAGAUAUAUAUAUGGCUGCAACGUAUAUAUAUAUAUUUGUAAUAGCUUUUAAUCGGGUUUUAAUAUUUCUAUUAAACGUGUAAACACGUUGGCAAUAUUUAAACCAUGAGAGGGGGGAAAAGAAAACGUAAAUUGUGUAAAUGUACGGUAGAACAGAUGUAAAUAUGUGUGUAUCUCUAUAUAUGUGACUGCUAGAUGUUGUUUUCAGUGUUGUAAACAAUAAUGCUAGUGGAGCGGUACAAGGGCAGAAUGUAGUUUGUGGAGUAUACCAUAUAACUUAUAUAUGUUUAGAAGCGUAUACAUUAUGAGUAUACUUAUUAACUUAAGGGGUAACUGGCUUAUACCUUUACUUAUUAACUUAAGGGGUAACUGGCUUAUACCUUAUAUCUAUACUUAUUGCCUUGAGGGAUAACUGAGGCUUUUAUCUUUUAACAUUUGAUAUAUAAAGAUCCCGCUGGAUACUCAGAUUACUUUCUCUAAGCUGACAUUUUGCUCCUUAAGCUUGACACUUUAGCUCCUCAAGCCUGACAGCUAAGUUUCUCAAGCCUAACAACUUAUGAACUUAGUUCCUCAAGCCUGACUGCUUAGUUUUUCAGGACAGUUUAAUGCCAAGCUUGACCGACAGCUUAACACGUGAAGCUUGACAUAGACAGCUUAACAAACAGAGUCUCUGUCACGCCGCUAAGCCCGGGGUAAGAUGUGCAGACAUCAAGCUAAAGAUCUUACAUGCCAAUCUUCCUCAUAGUUAACAUUCUCACUAAAUUAUCCCUCUCUUCUUACGAAUUGUCUUCCUGGAUGAUGUUUAUCCAUUAAAUUAAUCUGUUAAUCUGAAUUGUGAUAGCUGGUAUCCAAAAAAUGAGAGUAUCUAUAGUUACUAUAGACGAACGUACGAAAUAUGAACGGGCGCAGGCGUUAAAAAUUUAACAUUUUAGUAAUAUAUAUAUUUUCCUGAAAGCAACAACUUAGCGUUGCAAUUCCCAGUCCAUAAUUAGUAAAUACAUAUAUAUGUAAUAAAGCAGGCCUAAAACUCCAUAUUUUAGGCCUAGAAUAACUUAAUUUAGGCCCAAGAUAGGUGAGAUUCUUGAUUACUCUGACCCACAUUAUAUUUGACCAUGUAGAAUGUCAACAGUACGAAACGUGGACUGUUUGUUUCUGACCACAACCGUUCGUAUUUUGUACGUUCCUCCGUGGCUGUAGAGGCUGGGAUGGGUAGUUGAUAUGUGAAAUAUAUUAUUGUUAAAAACGUUCAAAUGUUUAUAUGUUAUUUAGAGAUAUAUAUUGUUCAAUAAAGUUAUAUGGGA